AUGUUAUUGCAUCACGAUCAUCCUCAACAUGACAUCAUGAUCUCGUUAAUUCACCAUUAUCUCCUUACAGGAAAAGUUACAGCUGAUCAAGUUAAACAAAGUUUAAUUGAUCAUUGUAAAAAAAAUUAUCAAUUUGAUGUUCAAGUGAUAAACUGUCGUUUAUCUUCUCAUAUUCUCUCUGAUAAUGAAUAUGAUAUUCUUAUUUAUGUAAAAGAUGCUCAUUGGCCAAAAGUUAUUGGAAAUAAAGAUUUUUCUUUUCGUUCAACUCCUGCUAUUCCACCACAAUUAUGUUUAUUAAUUAAAAACGUUGAUUUACGUAUUGAUUUUGAUGAAUUCUGUAAUGAUAUUCAUACUAAUUAUCCUCAUAUUAAAAACAUAAUUCGAAUGAAAAACAAGUUCCAAAAUGAUAUCAAGAUGGUUAAAGUUGAAUUAACUUCUUCAUCUGUCAGAGAUGAAUUAUUAGAUCAAAAGAGAAUUAUUGUUAAUUAUAUUACUUAUGAUAUUAUCGAAUAUUUAGCACCAGCUAAUGUACUAUAUGUUCCAAGUGCAUGGCACUGGGUCAUCUUAAACAGCAACGCACUCAAACUAAAGAAACAUGUCGUACAUGUGGAGAUCAAGUUAAUGAUAUAA